GCGGUCGAGCACCUGAUGCGACGGGUCGAGUCCCUCGACAGCAAGGUAGCGGACAACAUCCUGAAGACGGACUCCGUCAUCUCGAAGCUGCGCACGCUCGAUAGCAAACUCUCGACGGUGGACGUGGACACCAUCGUGGAUGGGCGUCCAAACAGCGUCAGGACAGCGAAGGCGGCCAAUUCGCUCGAUAGUCGGCUGGUGUCGCUGGAUCAGAAGGUGAGCGACAUCGACAGCAAGCUGAACGGGUUGAAGAGCCAAAUCGACAGCAACUUCCUGCCGGUGGACGACAUUAAUGCGGAGGCGAGCGAACGCAAAACGGUCAGCAUGAAUGUGGCCGAGAUCACGAAGGCGAUGCACUCGGAGGUGAUGGGCCACAUUACGAAGGAACUCGGUCAGUUGCGUACCAUUACGGAGGGUAUCGACAAGAAGCUGCAGUUCCACAUUAACGUGGUGUCGGAGAAUCUCGGCAAGACGCUUACGCUGUUGAACGAUGUGCACGAUGCGGUGGUUGAUCACAGCACCGGUGGGUAUGGAGGAUAUAAUGCGACCUCGACCCUGCCACCGUACGUGAAGUCGAGCAAGAUCGACAUCCUGGUGAAGCAGAUCCGCCCCAUCAUGUCGGUGUCGGAGAAGAUGGACGAAGUGUGGGAUGUGGUCGUAGGAACGAAGAGCUCCGUCGAUGACUUGGUGCCGAAAUCGGAUGCGCUACUGACGCAGAACCAACGGCAGGAACGUGCCAUCGGUGAGAUUCACCAUGAUCUGAAGACGAAGACGAACCUCAUCAUCAACAAUCUGGAUAUGGUCGAGAAACGACUCAAGAAGCAAGAGGACGAUGUUGCCGUGCUGGCUCAACGACCUGUACCUGCGGAACUACUGAUGGAUCCCACCAUCGAUCGGUUGGUGGAGUACGACCCCAACAGAUACAUUGUGGAGGACUUCACUGAAGCACUGCCAACUACGACCUAUCCGACGGCGUCUUCUUCAGCGGCGUCGUCGUCGACAUCUACCAGCACGGCGUCGAGUACGAGCACCAGCAGUACGACGCAGAGCAACACGAACGUCUCCAACAGCAGCCCAUCGACAACCGGUACCGGCAAGAAUGUGUCCCGCAAGGGUGGCAUCAUAUUCCCGAGCGUCAAGAACAAGCCAUCUGUGUUGAACAGCACCUUCGCUACCGAGAGCAUCUUCCUGAAGGACAUCAAGGGUUACUCUUGUGUGGACCUGAUGAACGCCGGAAUGCGCCAAUCGGGCGUGUAUUAUCUCCAGAUCCGUGGCACGACUUACUGGUUCCUGAAGGUGUUCUGCGAGCAGGAAAUCGCUGACGGUGGAUGGACGGUCAUCCAACGGCGUGACGAUUAUGGAGAUCCGCGCGAGAACUUCAACCGCGACUGGGCGGACUACAAGAACGGCUUCGGCGAUCCGGCCAAGGAAUUCUGGCUCGGUAACGAAAAUAUCUACAUGCUGACGAACAACGAAGACUACUCGCUGCGAGUCGAGCUGGAAGACUUCGAGGGCAACAAGAGAUACGCACAAUAUUCGCACUUCAAGAUACACUCGGAACAGGACUAUUACAAGCUGGAGAUCGAUGGAUACGAGGGCAAUGCCGGCGAUUCGCUUAACGAUCCGUGGUACGGCUCUAACAACAGCCCAUUCUCGACGUAUAACCGGGAUAACGACAGAAGUUCGCUCAACUGCGCCAGCAUGCUGAAGGGCGGCUGGUGGUGGAAGUCAUGUGGACGAGGACUGAACGGACUGUAUCUACACGAUCCGCAGGAUCUGACCGCCCGGCAAGGUAUCGUUUGGUUCCGUUGGAGAGGAUGGGACUACACGCUCAAGAAGGCCACCAUGAUGAUCAAACCGAAGGGCCCGCAGCCACAGGUGGCCGGCACGACGUAA